UGCCCAAUCACAAGAAGCACCAUAGGGCAUUACUCCUCGUUGUUUUAAUUCACUCAGGGCGUAGCAUGCCACGAACAUGAAUAUUUCAGUUGAGUUUAUCCUCUCUUACCUUGCUGCGAGAGCCUUGAUCAUCUAGUCUUCCGUCGCGUACUGCACAUGAACAGUUUGUGUGGCAUCCAUAUCACUGUUAUGUAAUCAUGACGCCAUUUAUCCUUGCGGAGCGUAAAGGGCGAGGAAAUCCGCGUUCGCUUCUUGUCCUGUACUACCCCUUCAUUAUACCACUGUGCCCACGAUGUUAUCUGCCCUCUCAUUGUUCUGGGUUGCUGCGUGCGCACAGGUAGCAUUACCCCGAUCAGCUCCAUACAAUGGCCCGCAGACGGCGUUUGUCAGUGAUGUCAAGGUACCGGUGGUGUUGGGUGUCAUGUCUCGUUGCCCAGACGCUUUCCUUUGCGAGUCUGUGUGGGACCGUGUAUUGCAAAGAGUUGGUGACAAAGUGGACAUUUCCUUGUCCUUCAUUGCCAAGCCAAACCCAUCCGAUGAAACCUAUGGCGCAACGUGCCUGCAUGGCGUGGAAGAGUGUGCUGGAAAUGUGCACGAAUUAUGCGUCGCUAAAUACCAUCCUACUUCCGAGUGGUGGACGUUUGUUCAAUGCGAAAACUACCAGGGCCGUGGGCAGGUGGGUUUACCUGACACAGCUGCCAAGUGUGCAGGGGUUGCGGGGUUCGAGUGGGAAAACGACAGGGCACGGAAGUGUGCCGGAGAUAACGGUCAUGGCCACGAAGGCGUUCGGCUGCUACAGGAGAGUGUCAAGACAAGCAUGCAACUUGGCAUCAAAAAGAGCUGCACGAUCAUGAUAAAUGGGAGGCAAGUCUGUAUUCAUGACGGCACUUGGUACGAGUGCGAGGGUGGACACACUCCAGCCGACUUCAUCAGGCAAAUCAACGAGGAAUAUGAACGACUGAACAAUGUAGAUUAGGGGUGAGUAUGUAGUACACUUGCACUCGUGUCAUCCAACCCCUCUGUCGGCGGCCAAGUGCAGAAGCGAGCCCAAAUGAAAGACAAUCAGCCACCGAGAACCAAUUCGUACACGAUGACUACUAGAUUUAGCCCUAUUAGAGGGACUUG